CCUGCUGCCUUGAGUUAUUUUAGAGCCGCACAACGCGCUCAGGAGCCACAGACGCGUUAAAGUCCGGAGCACCGCCGUCCUCCUCUCCUCCUCCUCCUCCUCUUCCUCCUCUCGUCCCUUUAACGAGCAACUACUGACAAAGACCCAGCAGCCAUGAGGGAGCAGACACGCUUUGUGCUUUGGCUGCAACUUUUCACAGCUUGCAUGGUGUUUGGGGUGAAAGGCGACUACUGCAAGGUGAAUGUGUGCAUUAAUGGUGGAACCUGUGUGACCGGGGCAGGAGCUCCGGUCAUCUGUAUCUGCCCCGAUGGCUUCACUGGAGAAACCUGCAACGAGACUGAGACCGGGCCGUGUAACCCCAACCCGUGCAAGAACGACGGCAUCUGCGAGUUGACGGGCCAGUCCCGCCGAGGCGACGUCUUCAGCGAGUACGUCUGCAAGUGCCAGCCGGGCUUCGACGGAGUCCACUGCCAGAACAGUGUCCAAGGGGCAGAUUUAAGUUCAAGAACAGAUGUGAACGACUGCGCCAGCCAGCCGUGUGAGAAUGGUGGAUUCUGCAGAGACCUGGAAGGAGAUUUCAAAUGCCACUGCCCGUCUCCUUAUGUGGGCAAACGAUGCCAACUGCGCUGUAUUUCUCUGCUCGGCAUGGAGGGAGGGGGCAUCGCUGAGUCCCAGAUCUCGGCCUCAUCAGUCCGUUACAGCAUGCUGGGCCUGCAGCGCUGGGGACCUGAGCUGGCCCGCCUUCACAACAAGGGGCUGGUUAACGCCUGGAGCGCCGCUGCACACGACAAGAACCCGUGGAUAGAGAUCAACAUGCAAAGAAAGAUGCGCUUUACAGGUAUCGUGAUGCAGGGCGCCAGUCGCAUUGGAUCAGCCGAGUUCAUUAAGGUCUUCAAGGUGGCCUCCAGCCUGGACGGCAAGACGUUCAACAUUUACAGGACAGACGGACAGAGGACUGACAAUGCGUUUGUCGGAAACGUGGACAACGACGGCACCAAGACCAACCUGUUUGACCCUCCAAUCAUUGCCCAGUACAUCCGCAUCAUCCCGGUGGUUUGUCGCAAGGCCUGCACCAUGCGCAUGGAGCUGGUGGGCUGUGAACUCAACGUGUAUUCAAACACUUCAGGUUGUUCAGAGCCGAUGGGCAUGAAGUCCCGGCUGGUGUCCGACCGCCAGAUCACGUCCUCCAGCACCUUCCGCACCUGGGGCAUCGAGUCCUUCACCUGGCACCCUCACUACGCCCGGCUGGACAAACAGGGCAAGACCAACGCCUGGACCGCCGCCACCAACAGCCAGUCGGAGUGGCUGCAGGUGGACCUGGGGUCUCCCAAGAAGGUCACAGGAGUCAUCACCCAGGGGGCCAAAGACUUUGGCAACAUCCAGUUUGUCACAGCCUUCAAAGUGGCUCACAGUGAUGAUGGACAGUCCUGGACCAUCGUGAAGGACAAGACCACAGGGACAGACAAGAUCUUCCCGGGCAACAGCGACAACAACGUUCACAAGAAGAACAUCUUCGAUCCCUCGUUCUACAGCCGGUACGUCCGCAUCCUGCCGUGGGAGUGGCACGAGCGCAUCACCCUGAGAAUGGAGCUUCUGGGCUGCGACGAGUAGCUCUGUCCUGUUCCAGCCUCCCCCCUCCUCCUCCUUUCUCUACCUCCUCCUCCCCCCACC